AAGCGCGAGAGAGAAGCGCCGCGCGCGAGAGAGAGAGAAGCGCGAGAGAGACUCAUGUUUCAGCCACGAACACAACACGCAGCAGAAGAAACAACAGAGCACUACUGUACACUCGCGAGAGACUGUGGAUUACAGAACCUUGAGGAAAAAGCAGAGAUGAUAAUGGAGGGUAGAAUGUUUAUUUGCCUUUGUGCCUUGCUCUUUCUUCACGUGGGAUCCGGUGACCAUGGUAAUGAGCACACUACGCAACCAGCACCAGAACGCGAUGUGGAUCUCGCCAGUCAUGUGCCCAGUUUUGCACCAAAAGGCUCCAACUCCAAUUCUUCAACUGGCGACAGUACGACGACGCAGCGGGAAAUUACCACUGCGACACCACAACCGGGUGGAAUGAGUGCCACCAAGAUGGAGCCAACCUCUGCCUCAUCCAACCCCCAAAAGGCCACAAACCUUACCGACGAUGUGACAUUGAAACCUUUCGUUCCGACCACACUUUCCACCCAAGCUCCGAACACGUCUUACAGCCACUUCAACGCAACCUAUGCCAACGCGACUUUACACGAGCCAACGAAGCCGAUUCCAGUUUCCUCCACGCCGUCGAGCCGUACAGCUACCGUUGAGACCCAUCCUCCCAUGUCUACCACUUUGCCUCGCACCACAUCACAUGCAAGGCCCAGAACAACUCAGCCAUCUACCACUACCAUCCCCACCACGAGCCACUCAACAACCACCUCAACAACUUCUCAGACGACCUCUCUACCGUCAACUCAGGGAACCUCAAGCAAGGCCCCGCCGCUGGCCACGGUUGUCCCUCAGGCCUUCACGUCCAUGAAGACCAAACUGCAUCCUGACACCCCGUCGCAACUCAACGUGAAUGGUGAAACCGUCAAAGUGCACGAUUCCCCAACGUUGGAUCCCCUGCUGGCCGGCUUAGUGUCGGCCUUCGUCGUCAGCGCCGCCGUCAUCACCCUGCUCCUCUUCCUCAAACUGCGACGACGAGAUAACAGGCCAGAGUUCCGCAGGCUACAGGACUUGCCCAUGGAUGACAUGAUGGAAGAAACUCCUUUGUCAAUGUACAGCUACUGAUUCUGGAUGCACAACCAACCAAUGACUACGCCCUCCAAAAGCCUGUUUGUCAAGGGUAAUAUUUACCAUGAUUUAACACAUUGGCUACCGUUGAUUGCUAUAGACGCCAGCCCUCUCCUUUAAAAUAGCUUGGACGUCUAUCGAAGUCAAUGGUAGCCAUUGACUGACUUCUUCUAAGUCUUGGUCCUGAAGAAUUCAGGUUUCGUGUGACCACAUACAGUGGUAAUGUGGGUAGCGACUACUUUAUCCAGGUCUGAUGGCUGCUCUUGCACCACCCUUGUCAGGUUCUGUGGAAAAUGUUUUUCAUCUUCACACGCACAACCCCAUUCCGUAGCGCUUUUGCUGUAUUUUCUCCAAUUCUGGCCCAGUUACUAAGCAAAAUAAACCUUUCAUGAGGACAAAACAGUAUGGCUGGGCAGUAUUGAAAGCUAUUUGCAGAUGGCAAUACAAUGCCGAAAGUGAUUUCAAGUCUUUUUGAGUACAAAUAAAGGCCUCACAAGGCCAUUAUUUUGAAGAAAUGCAGCAAUCUUGUUAUUAAAGGCUUUUCGAAUGACUCACAUGCCCUGGAGGAGAACACACAAAAUGGCCUGGUUAUACUUUAAUGAGGUUGCACUUUAUUUUUAUUCUGUUUUUGAGAAAAAAUUGUUUCAGCGGGCGUGCAGACAACAGCUGUGUGAGUUUUUAAGAGUGUGUGUGUUUUAAAUUAGUGUGUGUUGGUGGAUUAUUUAAUGAAAACAUGGGUCACGACAUUAGGUAAAUCUGCACUAUUAAUACAAGAGCUGCAUGGCGCAUUCUGCCCUUCACUAACACGAUGACACGUCGAUUUGUGUGUGUGAAUUGAGUGGGUGUGCUUGAUAAAGAUUCCAGUGUGUGUUCAAUUACAGUAUUGUGAGUGGUGCUUUUCCCCCAGAUAAAGUCCACGUGAGGGUGCCUUUUCAAAAUUACAUUCUCGUCAUUUGGAGAAGUGGCCUUUAUGUAGUGUUUAUACUGUGAAUAGUCUUGUUGUUGAGUGUGUAAUUUAUGAAAACUCCCAAAAAUGCAUUCCCCUUUCAGAUGAAUCCACAUUUUAAAAUGAUGCACUUGUGUUAUUCGAUUGAAGUGUCAAACGCAUCAUCGUUGCUUUGUGAAGCUUUGCUGGUCAAUGUGGAUUAUGGACUAUUAUUAUUGAAACCAAUAAAAGGUAUUUCAAGUGGAUGUCUUUUUUUCUCUUCUUAUUGUGUGUGUUUAACUCCGUACACAUUUUGUUGUAUUUUAAGUUAAAACUGAGUUCUAUUAUUCGUAUUUUAUAUAUUUAUUAAUUUCUUUGGUUGAAUAAACAUGCUUUAGGCAUUGAAACAAAGUGUUUUUAUUCUUUCACAUUUUUUCAACACUAUACACUUUUACUGCAAAUGAAUAUCUGCCCCAAAUAUUGGUCAUCAACUGUAUGGUAUUAACCAAUAAUAGUCUGUAUUAGUAUUGAAAAGCCCAAAAAAUGGUAGAUCUAUGUUCGAUUUGAUUCAAGGACCCUUGAUCGUUUUUAUACAAUAUUUUGUACACAUUUGACAAAAUCAGUUACAUUUCACCUAAAGUAAUAGAAAAAUACAAAGCAAUUUAGAUGUUUUUUUUGGCAAUUUUGUUAAUGACACUUUUCAGACAUUUAAAU